GGCGUGUGCGGAGGCGCUGUUUGGCUAGCCACCAUAGACUCAGCCUUCCCUACACGAGCGGGCCAACCAGCCUGCCGGCGUACGACACUGGUUAAAAAGAAUGAAAUGCCCACCUUCAGCCUCGUCGCUCAUGUUUGUUUCAUCCACGCAGAACCAUGGUGCUGGAAGCACUCGCUGCUGUGGGUUUAGCCAGCAAUAUCAUUCAAUUUAUCGAUUUCACGCAUAGCCUGUUCAGCAGCACAAAGGCUAUAUAUCUUUCGCAGGCAGGUUCUUCUCGCGGCUCGCAAGAGCUGGAGACUGUAACAAAUGCAAUCCAACAGCGAUGCGCGGAGAUUUCUGCAGCAUACAAAUCCAAGGCUCAACAAGAAGCCUUGCAAAACUAUGGGUCCAUUAGAGCGAUUGCAAGCGAAUGCGAGAAAACUGCAAUAGAACUACAAACAGUGCUACAGCGACUGAAGGCCAGAAAAGCGCAUUCCAGGUGGAGUAGUUUCAAAGCUGCACUUUCGACAGUCUGGAAAGAGCAGGAAAUUACCACCAUGGAGAAGAAAUUGGACUCUUAUCGACAACAAAUCGUUCUCGAGUUAACGAUUUUCCAGUGCCAAGACCGUAAAAACGUGGAAGACACUCUCGGGCAGAUAAAUGGUCAAACUAAUAGUUUGAACACCAUGGUAUCUGAUCUUCGCGAAAUGAUGACGGACGAGAUCACACGACGCGAAAGUGUUUGGGAAGUACUUGAUCAGCUUUCGGCUCAAUCAUACGUCCUUGGAGAUGGUAUCAAACAGGAAAUCUCUGACCUACGAACUGAUACAAUGCGAGCACUAGCAAAUCUUCAAUCUCGUGCCUCUCAGUCCGGUCCACGAUUGCAGAGACAGCUUGCCGAGGAUUCCACCCUUGCGCGAGAAAAGGACGAUCUAAGAGUCAUAGAAACCCUGGGAAGCUGGCAUGAGAGAACCUCUGAUAUUGCAGUUUCAAUGUCUAUACUCAAUGACCUAGCAUUCCCAGGCAUGCGGCAUCGGCACAAAUCCGUCUCAGAGGCGCACUCAGGAUCGUUUGAGUGGCUAUUCAAGCACAAAUUUGCUUCCUGGCUACAAUCUGCAGAUCCAUUAUUCUGGAUCAGUGGCAAGCCAGGCAGCGGAAAGAGUACGCUUAUGAAAUACCUUGUGGAUAACCAGCAGCUUCCAGACGCGCUGCAGCAUUGGUGCGACUCAAAGCAUCUUGUAGUAGUGGAUUACUUUUUCUGGAUCAAUGGGACAGAUUUGCAGCGAUCAUUGGAAGGUCUUCUUCGAGCAUUACUCUAUGAUAUCCUUCGAGAAAAUCAUGACGCCAUCAAAGUUGUCAUGCCGGCCACAUGGGCUGAAGCGAAGGCCCAUGUCAACACAGCAGCCACUCCAUUCUCAUUCGAAAAAGAAUCUAAAUGGACGACGAGCUUCUUGCUGGAUACCAUUCGACGCCUUUCAGAGUACCAGAAUGAUCGCACGAGAUUUUGCAUUUUCAUUGACGGUUUAGACGAGUUUGGUGGAGAUCACGAAGACCUAGUCGAGAUUAUUCGCCACUUGACAGAAUUUGGGGUCAAGAUCUGUAUAGCAAGCCGGCCAUGGAACGUAUUCGAAGAAGCCUAUGGUUCUGACGCCUCUCGUAAGCUUUAUCUACAAGAUUUGAACAGGCCAGAUAUACAACGAUACGUUGACGACAAGCUGCGUGCUCAACCAAAAUUUCGUCUUGUAGGUUCUUUACAGGCCGCUGAAAUCAUCAAAGAGAUUGUAUCGAGGUCACAAGGAGUCUUUCUCUGGGUUCGCCUAGCGGUUCGUUCGCUUAUUGAAGGACUCAGGAACAGAGACAGUCUAGCCUUACUCAGAAACCGACUACAUCACUUUCCUAGUGAUCUGAACGAAUUCUUUCGCCACAUGUUUAAAUCCUUGGAUACGAUAUAUCAACCACACUUGUCACAUAUGUUGCAGGUGGCGCUUGCGGCUGAUCAGUCAUUAUCAGUCGUUGCAUACUGGUAUCUGGAUGAAUUGCACGACGAUUUAGAGCAGCCAUUGAUAGUUCCGGUCGACCUGACAGAUCCAGAGGACUUGGAAGGAAUGAUGGAAGACAUGAUUGUGCGUAUCAAUGGUAGGACCAAGGGGUUGCUUGAAGUCACAGGAAUCUCGGAUCCAGAUUCUGCAACUGCAAGCUUUGGCGAAAGAGCAAAGGUCGACUUUCUGCACAGGACAGUGAAAGACUUCCUUCUGACGACGGAAAUGCAUUCUUUGCUUAACGACUGGCAAAAACCGCAUUUCGAUGCAGCCGUUGCCCUUUGCAAAAGCAUGCUCGCGGAAUAUGAAUUGCUCACUCACAACCAUUGGACAAAGGGCCAAGCAAGGAACAGCACUAGCAGUAUAGAGGACUUCCUGAUGGCAGCUGCCACUUUAGAGCGGAAGAAAGGGAGAGAAGUAUUGCCCUACGUUCAAAAGAUGGAGCGCAUGGCGACUGUGAAGGUUCGAUGCAGUUUCGAAUCCUUUGUAGCCUUGACACUGAAGCACGGCUUGCUUACCUUUGCCACAUCUCGAAUGACGGAGGGUGCACUUUCUGACUUCGACAAAGAGCGAUGCAUAAUUACGGUACUAAAAUCCGAACAUUUCUGGAACAACGAUAGGGCCGUAGCCGUCGACGAUAAUGGUCUUCCUAAAAUCUUGAGCUUGGUAUUAUCUAAUGGACCUGCUAUUCGAGCCACCUCGGAGAAUCUAGAGGAAGUUGGUAGACGAACGGAGCGACUUCCUCACGAUACUACUGUCAGCUUGAUCAAGUUGCUUUGUAUGCACCGCUUUAUUACCCCCGAAUCGUCAGAACAUAAGCGCUUUUGGGAUAUGCAAUAUCCACACAAGCCUACAACAGCGCUGCCGAGCUAUCCGUCACAUUCGACAGCUUCAGCCUCUCUGUCCGAGAAAUCCGGUCAAGCGUAUGAUGCAGAAAUAUCUGACUUUGCGCCUCAUCAUCGGGGCUUGCCAGUCCCUGUCAUGCAAAUUCCGUUGACUCCCAGCGGUGGUCUCCGAUCUCCAAUUCCUCCCAGAACCGCGCCCGUCCUGAAGGCACAACGACAGCCAUCAGCUCUUGACAGAUUUAAAUCACUGUUUACCAGACGAAAGUAGAUCUU